AUGUCUAGCCUUCCGAUCGAGAACGAGCAGGCUGCUCCUGCGGCCUCGCAACAGAACGAAGAGGAGAUCCCUCAACCAAUGGAACCUAAGAUGCCUUCUCGCAAAGACACAUCUUUGAAGGAGUUUUUGACCAAGAUGGACGACUACGCGCCAAUCAUUCCUGACGCGGUAACCAACUACUACAUGACCAAAUCCGGUCUUCCCCCGCCGCCUCAGACCGAUCCCCGCCUCGCGCGUCUCAUCGCCUUAGCCGUACAGAAGUUCGUCGCCGACAUUGCCGCCGACGCCUAUCAGUACAGUCGCAUCCGAGCAAGCAACACCAGUGCCAACAACCCAAUGGGUAAUCUCGGCGCCGCAGCUGGGCUCCAGAUCCCAGGCCAAACGCAAGCCGGUGCGAAAGACCAAGGACGCGGUGGUCCACUGGGCAUCCAAAGAGCAGGCUAUGGCGGCGGAGGCCAAGGCGGUAGCCAGAACCGAACGGUCCUAACUAUGGAGGACCUCGGCAUGGCUGUCGGAGAAUACGGUGUCAACGUCAAGCGUAGCGAGUUCUACAGAUGA